CAGGAUGGCCUAUAUAAAACUACAUAUUGACACGAUCCACAAGAUAUUCGAUACACUUCAUGUCGCCUUGAGCACCCAUGCCCUCUAUUUCUAUCUCGUCCAAUCGUUUGGAAACUAUCUAGCCCUGUUCACAAUCGUUUGGUAUGUUAAACAAGGCUUCGGGGGCUAUCGAGUUCUGACCUCACUUUCAGGAGCUUUCCGUUGCAGCUAUUGUUCAAUAUGUUGAUCGUCACUGGCGUUCAAGCAUUAUAUGCAGUUAGGAUAUUGAAAUUCGGACGGCAUUUUCACGUAGUCAUGCCAUGGUUCAUUUUCCUUGCUGUCGCAGCAACGUUUGGCACAGGACUCUAUGUGAUUUACGAUGCAUACACUCUCAAAAGCUUUAUGGAUGUUUCGACUAUCAGGGCAUCCAUAUACACGGACUUCUCCACUAUCGCUGGGGCAGACUUCGUCAUUGCAGGGGCAAUGUGUUAUUACCUGCACAAAAGCCGGUCGAUGACUAGCUUCUCCAGUACUACCCAGACACUUAUAAGACUAAUGCGGCUUGUAGUGGUAUCUGGGCUGGCGACGAGCGCGUGCUCACUACUUACUCUCGUGUCGUACAUCGCCUGGCCGGAUACUCUCAUUUUCGUCGCAAUCGACUUCAUUUUGCCGAAGCUCUACAUAAAUUCUCUCCUUGCCAUGCUCAACUCGUGCCAGACGUCGAUGUGGUCCGCCGGAAAGGGACAUCACGUUCAAGACCAAAAGAUCAUCAGAUUUUCUCCCCCUGAAAGCGGAGAUAAUUCAAGACAGACGAAUAUCACUAUACCUGGCCUGUCUGUGACCGAAGCAGAUACGGUACAGACAAAUAUCACUCUACCUCUCCCCGUAACAGAAGGAAGUUUUUCGAGUGGCAUCGGUGAUAUGACAUUUGCAUAAUACAGAUCCCCCACACGGUUCCAUUAUUCCCUUUACAAUCUCAAAACAGCUACAUAUUAGUGGGGUGGAUAGCAUGCUUUACUUACAAUAUAAUGCAUUCAUUGAUCGCAAAAAUGAAAUACAUCUAAAAUACAAGGCCUGCGACCGUUUACAGUCACUCGUUCCCAUCGACAUCGAUGAACUAGCAUCCAGCGAUACCAUAUUUUUCCUAGAAAGGGUGAAUCAGCAUGGU